AUGCCGGGCACGUGUCACCGGCUCCGGAUACCGUCCAUCGUUUCGAACCGCUCGGCCAAGAGCGUCACGGCGACGGUGGCCUCCUCGACGUCCUCCUCGGCGACGUCCUCCGGUGCAUCCACCGGUGCGAGACCGUCGAUCGCCGAUGAUGAUAUCUUCAGCAGCGAACCGCUCGGUGGACCGACGUCCCCGCCGGCCACCAUCAAAAAGGAGCGCCACCGGGUGACGAUGAUGGGUGCGGCCCGCGUCGGCAAGUCCUCGAUCAUCUCGCAGUUCCUGUACGAAAAGUAUCUGUCGCGCUACAAGCAAACCAUCGAGGAAAUGCACCGGGGCGAGUACGAGCUGCCGGAUGGGUCUAGUCUGACGUUGGACAUACUGGAUACCUCCGGGUCGUACCAAUUUCCGGCCAUGCGUGCACUCUCGAUCAACACGAGCGGUGCGUUCAUACUGGUGUACGCCGUCGACGACAAGGAAACCUGGGACGAGGUGGAACGGUUGCGGGAACAGAUUAUAUCCGUGCGAGGCUCGAGGGUGCCGAUCGUAGUCGUCGGCAACAAGGCGGACGUACCGGAAGAACAACGCCAGGUACCGUUCAAGGUAGCCCGAUCUCGCGCCCUGCUCGAGUGGGGUUGCGGUUACGCCGAAUGCUCGGCCAAGAACAACGAGGGCAUCCUGACGGUGUUCAAGCAGCUACUCCGCCAGGCCAACAUCGAGUACAACCUAAGCCCGGCCGUGCGCCGUCGCCGGAAGUCCCUGCCGAGCUAUACCGGCGCCAGCAAUCCGGCCCGUGCCAACUCUGCCAAGUACUAUCUGAAACGGCACUCCUGCUCGGUACAGUAG